AUGCAAUGCCAUCUCUCAGGGGAUCAGUCACAACGGAAGCUGGCACACGAGGUCUUGACGCAAGUCAGGACUCAUCCGGACUCCUGGUUUGCUGUAGACACCAUCCUCGCCACCUCGCACAGUUCCUCGGCCAUGCUUGAGCUGGCGCUGAAUGUGCUGGAGAACGUGAUCUCCACGCGAUGGAUGGUCUUGACUGACUCACAGCAGCUUCGCGGAAGUUUGGUUUGA